ACCUCCAGCCUCGAAGAUGAACACUUACUGGCUCUUUCUCCUCCCUAUCGUCUACGGGGUGUCCAGAGAAGCACCGAGGGAGGCACCCAAGCAGGCACCGUGCCCCAAUCCCGACCGGAUUCAUCCCUGCACCUGUCAGUACGACGAAGACACGAACGUAGUGAACGUGGACUGUUCUGAUGCCACGACGAGCUCUGAGAUCUUCGCAGCCUUCAACGAUGUCUCCUGGCCCUUCAACCGCCUCACGGAAUUCAAACUCUACGACAAUACAGCCGUUGAAGAACUGCCGGAUGGAGUCUUCGGAGAAGUCUCCUUCGAGAGGAUGUACUUGGAGGAUUGCGCCGUGGUCACCGUGCAUCCCACGGCCUUGCUCUCAUCCAACGAGUCGCUUUACGAUCUGGGCAUCUUUAGUUGUCCUCUAGAGGAAUUUCCGUUUCACGUUCUUCCCCAGUUGAAUCGCUUGGAACUACUGAUGAUCGAUACUACAAGUAUCGGCCCGGACGUGCCCCCAAUUCAAAGCGAGACCCUUCAAUCCAUUGUCCUGACUCGCAAUCAGAUUUCCAGGUUGAACGAGACUGGCUGGUCUACGCCUAAUUUACGCCAACUAUCUUUAGCGUCGAAUCCCUUCUCGGAAUUUCCCUCUGAACUCCUGAAGAGAUUCACGAACCUAGAGGAGUUUUCAUGCGAAGGAUGCAGGUUGGGUCCAAGUCUGUCGAGCGGGCUCCUGGAAUUCAACAGCGAGGCGAUGUGGUUAUUGUGGCUCGAUUAUAACAACAUCAACCACCUGGAUGUGGGUGCAAUCGCUGGUAUCUCUCCGAACACAAUUAUUGCUCUGGUCGACAACGACAUCGUGGAUUUGACUGAGGAAUCAUUUCGCCCCAUCAUGGAAGUCCUUUCAAGGGGGAGUGGGUUUCUCGUUGUAGAUCACAAUCCGAUCGAGUGCGGCUGCUCCAUGGCCUGGCUGGUGCUGAACGAGGAUCUCUGGAGGAGCGUGUCGGGGACAUGCGACGACGGAAAAGACAUCCAGGACCUGGACCCGCACUUCUUUCAGGACUUCUGCAAGGGGCACUUCAAACUGUGCAACAACACCAGCGUUCUCGAGUUGCCCGAGGGAGUCUUCGGGGAAGUCACCUUCGAGGUAAUCGAAGUGUGUGACUGCGCCGUGGUCGCUCUGCAUCCUUCGGCCAUAGUCCCAUCAGCGGACACGCUUGAAUACCUAACUGUGAGGGCUUGCCCUUUUGAGGAUUUCCCCUUCCACGUCCUCCCGGAGCUGAUCCGUUUGAAGAAUCUGUUCGUCGUCGGUACAAGGAUCGGGCCGGUCGUUCCUCCACUGCAAAGCAUGAGUCUUGAGGAUCUUCACGUUGGAUUCAAUCUAAUUUCCGCGCUCAAUGAGACUGGCUGGUCUACUCCUAACUUGAAAGCUCUACGAUUGAAUGCCAAUCAUCUCUUGGAAACCCCAUUGGGGAUUCUAGAGGGAUUGAAGAACCUUGAGGAGUUUCAUUGCCACAGUUGCAGCCUGGGACCAGAUCUGUCGUAUGGAUUCUUGAAAUUCCACAGCCAGGCAUUGAGUUCAGUGAUCCUCUAUAACAAUAACAUUGUCCACCUGGAAAUGGCAGCUAUCACCGGUCUCACGCCGAACACAAUUCUUAAUCUGACAAUCAACUCAAUCGUGGAAUUGACCGAGGAAUCGUUUCGUCCGAUGGUGGAAGUCCUCUCAGAUGGGAAUGGGCUCCUCAUACUAGAAGAUAAUCCGAUCGAGUGCGGCUGCUCCAUGGCCUGGCUGGUGCUGAACGAGGAUCUCCGGAGGAGCGUGUCGGGGCACUGCGACGACGGGACUGACAUCCAGGACCUGGACCCGCUCUUCUUUGAGGAGUUAUGCGAGGAGUCUUAUGGGCAGGGCGGUUCAUCUGGCGGGAACUUCCCCGCUCCAAAAUCCCUUGAAAGAACCGAAGAAGCGCGUAUGAGGAAGCUUUAGAGUAUCGAUUACUUCGCGAUGAGAUGCCAGUACGGUAUGAAUAAAUGCAAUUGUAAGA